AUGCUUCGAGUCGCUGGAAACUGGUCAGUUGGCAAAGUUAGGGCUGGCAAAGUCACUGCCAGUUGUCGAGUGAUCUCUGCUGCAACAGUAGACACUAUUGAGUGGACGAGUUGGGGAUCGAGUUGCUGAACCGUGGUAGGAGGCACAGUGGACAGGGUAUAAGACAAAUCCUCAAACCGAGGAUAUAAGAAAAAUCCCCAAUCAGAGGAUAUCAGAUGACUCCAACAACAGGAUAUCAGACGACUCCUCCAACAAGAGGAUAUAAGGCAAGUCCUCAAUCAGAGGAUAUAAGACUACUCCUCAAAAAGCGGAUUUAAGGCAGGUGAGGAAUCAGAGGACAUAGAACAGAUCCUUAGCAGAGGAUAUAGGACACAUUAUAUAAAUCAAACAACCGUUGUACCAAAACUUUGCUCCAAGGGAAAAUACACAGUUUGCAUAAAAUACCCAAUACUAACUAAACUAGGGAAUACUAUAUUGCUCUUUCAAAAAGGAGACAAAAGCGAAUAGCACAGGAAAUACGCCCGGAAACUGCAGAUGGCCUUAACAACAUACUUUCUCUUAGUGUUUUGUUCGGGUCAUAUGGUAACUUGGCCGAUCACUUAGCAGUUGACUCAAAUUCCGAAAGUCCGGAACUCAACAAAAAUUCUAGUGUUCUCGGUGCUACUCCUCUUUGCUUUGCCACCAGCUUUGGUAUGAUAGAGAAAAUAAAGAAGCUCAUUGCAUGUGGUGCGUCUGCGGACAUCACAGAUAACAAGGGAAAGGCGCCAUUGGACUGGGCUUGUGAUGGUGACCAUACGGAAGCAGUCAAAUUUCUCGUGUUUGGUUCUCGGGGAACAAUUCCUAGUGCAUUGAGCAUUGCCGAUAAUGCGGUAGUGUGGGCAAAGGUGCUGAAAAUUCUGAAGAUCUCUACAGGGACGACACGGAAAAAUUCGGCCAGCUUCUGGAAAGAGUACUCACAGCCGCCAUUGUCAAGGGAAGUCAGAUGGUUUUCUCUUCCAUUCUGA